AUGGCUCAGACAGCGUCCGCCCGCGCAAGCUCGGUCUUGUGUUGGCUCUUCCUCCUCCUCCUCUACACACCAUCCGUCUACGCUGCGCUCGGCAAGUGGGAGGCCACGAACUUCUGUAAAUGCAUCUGCUUCGGGACGAACUACACGAUCCUGCCCAUGUCCAGCCCGGACGACCCGAGCAAGCCGUGCCUGUCGUGCACGAAGCAGUGGUGCCUCAACCAGAACCUCGCCAAGUGCGCGGGGGCGUCCAUCGGGGACACGAACCCGGACACCGCGACGGGCAAGGAGGGCGACAUCGAGGCUCGUUGUUUCCAGAGGGACUCGCCGCGCGACCAGCUCGUCGUGACGCUGUUCCUGCUGACUGUGUUCGGCCUCCUGCUUGGGGCGGGGAUCAAGGGUCGGAUGGUCAAGGCAGGGUUCGACGCGGGCGUGGCGUGGAGCGCGAGCAGGAGGUGGUGGGAGGUGAGUGCUGUUCACGCGCGUCCGCUGUCGAGACGACCCGAGGACAUCCGUCUUGGCGCGACGAGAGGGUUUACGAGGGACGGAAGGGGCACAUACGAGACCGUUGCUGAUUCGCCUCCAAAUCCCUGA